UCGUGAAAAUAAAAUUGGCAAAUUGGCAAAAAUUUUCACUUCAAACUCUUUUUUUCUUUGUAUUCUUAAAUAGUAAAACAAUAAAUUUAAAUAAUGCCAAUUCAAUAUUAAAGAUGAUUCAUACUUUACGUAUAAUAUGUUAUACACUAUUUGAAGUGAAUUAAUCUCGGUCGACUUAAGAUGUUAAGAAAUUGCAUAGCUAGUGGGAAAAUAUUCUAUCCUGCACACAGGAUUCUAAGUUUUCAGGGUCAAUACGUAAAUAGAUAUACUCAUGACAAUGAUUCUCAUUGCCAUUGCCAACGACCACAACAAAAUAGGACAUUUUUUACUUUUCCAAAUGCAAGCCGGGUAAGGGAGCACUGUGGGCGACAAUUGGUUGGGUUCACAAUGGAUCAAAUGUUUGAAGUUGUGUCGGAUGUUGAAAGCUAUUACAAGUUUGUACCUUGGUGCAAACAAUCACUAGUAUUACAGAAAUCACCAGAAAAAUUAAAAGCCAAAUUAAUAGUUGGAUUUCCCCCCAUAAACGAAAGCUACACUUCACAUGUCACCUUAGUGAAGCCAUUACUAGUGAAAGCAGAAUGUAAAGACGGGAAACUGUUUCAUCACCUCUUGACUCUCUGGAGAUUUAGCCCGGGUUUGAAAAAAGAACCAAAAUCCUGUGUCGUGGAUUUCCAAAUAACAUUUGAAUUCAAAUCCACGUUUCAUUCCCAACUCUCAAAUUUAUUCUUUGACCAAGUUGCUCGACAAAUGGAAAAUGCUUUUAUCAAGGAAGUGGAAAGACGAAAUGGUCCAGCCUCGAUAGCACCUAUAAAUUUACUUAAUGAUGGGCAAACAGCAAGAAGUUGACAAAACAGUGAAAAAUUAUUUAUUAAAAUAUUUUUAUUUAUUGGUUACUAAAUAUAUGAAGCAGGGCUUCAGUGAUAUGUUUUA